AUGGUCAAGAGAGAAGAAAAAUCGAAGAAUACGAAGUCCACAAGGACAGAAUUGGAGGAACAGUUGAUCCUGGAUAUAUCGAAUUCAAACCUGGAUACUUCGAAGUCCGAUUCCGAUUGCUUUCAGGAUUACUUUCAUGGAUUUUUACCAAGAGAGGAUUUGUUAGCGUUAUUAAUCGAGAAUGGAGAUUUUCUGGUACGACUGAGUGAACCAAAAUCAGGUGGAGGAAGGCAAAUGAUUUUAUCGAUGAUGUACGAUAAAGGGAGUCCAAAUGUUCAAGUAAGCCAGUACUCAUCAUCACCAUUAUCAUCAUUUCACCUUUCGUUCCGAGUGCACGGUUUCAAACGUUUCAACUUGAGCUUCGAAUUUAGUUUUUUCCGGAUAAUUUUGACAAAUAUUUGUGAAUUCAAGCCUGGUACAGUGCUGCGGAAACCGAUCGCCAGACAACCAUGGGAAUUAUCACAUGACGAUAUUCAUCUUGAUCAAAAAAUUGGUGAGGGCGCAUUUGGAGAAGUUUAUCGAGGAACGUUGCAUCUGAGAGCGAAACGAAAAGUUGAAGUUGCAAUUAAAAUAGCAAANUUGACGAAAGAUAAAGUGAAAGAUAUGAUGAAAGAAGCUCGAUUGAUGCGCCACUACGAUCAUCCAAAUAUUGUUAAAAUGUAUGGCGUUGCUGUUGAACAAGAACCGCUAAUGAUUGUCAUGGAAUUUAUCACUGGUGGAGCAUUAGAUGAAUUUCUGCGAAAGAAAGGAAAUGAUGUAAAAUAUCACGAAAAAUUAGCAAGCAUGUGUUCGGGUGCAUCAUGGGGCAUUGAAUAUUUACAUUACAUGCAGUGUAUACAUCGAGAUAUUGCAGCACGAAACUGUUUAUAUACAACCGAUAAAACUGUGAAAAUAAGUGAUUUUGGAUUAUCGCGGAAAGGAAACACCUAUCAGUUGACGUCAGCCAAAAAGUUACCUAUUCGAUGGCUGUCUCCAGAAACACUUUCAAGUGGUUUAUAUACUCAGAAAAGUGAUGUGUACAGUUUUGGUAUAAUGGUUUGGGAGAUUUUUACGAACGGUAAAGAGCCAUAUGAAGACAUGGCAAAUAUAGAGGUUCAAGAAAAGGUACUUUGUGGCUAUCGAUUAGAAUUUCCGAAAGACACACCUCGAGAUAUUGCGGAUAUGAUUUUGACGAGAUGCUGGGAUAUGAAUCCUGAAAAACGAUGGUCUAUGUUUCAAAUUGCACGGGAGUUCGAAGCAUUUUCUGGUGUAAGUCCACCACCUGAAACGCAAAUCAUCUUAAAAAAGCAGAAAGCAAUGAAAAAAGCAGUAAAAUCAAGACGAAAGGUAUUAACGAAUCAAGCGAUAUCACUAAAUGAAUCGCUUCCGACUCAGCCGACAGUGAUAACCUACACGGACUCAGGAUCGUAUGCAUCUGGAACGAAAAUUGGCUUGAAAACAGAUGCGUCAGCGAUAAGAAAGAGAAACAGAAGUGGAGGAAAGCAUUCGAAAUUAGGAAAGUCGACGAAAGCGCCGUCAAAGAAAAGUCGACUCAAAAAGAAGAAAUGA